AUGAAUAAAACAUUAUUGGAUUACUUCUCGAAAAAGCGGAAAAAGUCAAACAACAAUGAAGGAGAGUCAAGAGAAAGUCAAGAGAGCAUAUCAGAAAUGUCGGUAUCUGGUGAAUCCAUUGAUGAUGACAGCACUAAUACGACUAUCGACACCGAUCAUGAGCAUCGAGAUUCAAGGAGUGAAGCGCUGCGAGAUACUGGCACGACCGUCACCGUAAUAAGCCAUCCAUCAGGUUUGAAUUUGCAACAUGAAGAUCGUGGGCAAGUCCAGGAGAACAUACAUGGACCUCAACUGCCUCAAAACGACCAUUCUGGAAAACCAAAUUUUUUUGAUAACAAGGAAGGCCCAUGCCAACCGUACUUGAAGGCAUACCCAGGUACAAGUUUCAGAGGUAAAAUACGACGCUUCAAUUCUAACUGGUAUGGCGAAUAUAAGUGGUUGGAAUACAACACGGAUUUGGACGCUUGUUUCUGCUUCCAGUGUAGAGUAUAUUCGCCUAAUCCAACGGAGACCGUAUUUACUAAAAGUGGCUAUCGCGACUGGAAACACGCUAAGGACAAGGCAAAGGGAUUCCAGCAACACCAAUCCUCGAUUGAUCAUUCGAAAGCAACACAGGCUUACGAAGAAGCGAAAAUGCGAAAUGCACGUGGCUGCCCCGUAACAGCAUCUUUUGUAUCAUUAAAUAAUGAUCAGAAGCAAUGGUUAUUUGCUGUUUUUAACGUUUCAAGAUUUUUAUGUGCGAAUGGUCUCGCGUUCCGUGGUUCUGAUGAAUCCGAUAUUGACACAGGAGAUGGCUUGUUUUUAAGAGCUUUUUCUCAACUUCUGUUUCCGCUGGAAGAAAAAUGGAGGAAAAUUCACAAGAAUCUUCCAAAAAACGCUAAGUACACUUCCCAUGACAUACAGAAUGAAGUCAUCGAAGUCUUAGCUUCCUUAGUGAAGACCAAAAUCGCCGAAGACGUGCGAAAGGCAGAACUGUUCACAAUCAUGGCAGAUGGCACAACUGACAAGAACAGGAAAGAGAUUCAAGGUAUCGUUUGUCGGUAUUUAUCGUCGGACGGGAAUGUUAAGGAACGAUGUAUUAACGUCAAGGGAAUCGAUGAUCGCUCAGCUAAAGGUAUUUUCAAAUUCAUCAAAGAAGCUUUGGUACAAUUUAACAUUUCAGUUGACGGCCUUGUGUCACAAUCCUUCGAUGGGGCAAGCGUGAUGUCAGGUGACUACGGCGGCUUGCAGAGGUUAAUUAGUGAUUUUUGCGAUCGGAAUGUGUUAUAUGUACACUGCUUUCUCCACAAAAUCCACCUGGUUGUCAGCUUUCUCAUGCAAAAUCUUGACGAAGUAAAGGAAUAUUUUGAUACUACAGCAGCCCUGUACAAGUUCUUUAAGAAGUCAGCUGUGUUAGAAUCGUAUAACGGCACUGCAUUGAAACGGCUUAUUGAGACGCGAUGGUCUGAUCACUUUGAAAGUACCAGCCAUGUGCACAAAAAUUAUGGCGAUUUGAUCCAAGCGCUUAUGGUGGCAUCAAAAAAUAAGAAGUUAUCUGGUGAAGAUCGAGCACAGGCAACAGGGCUCCUUAGCCUAAUGGAAGAUAAUGAAGACCACGUGUUUGUCUUCAUAACUUGUAUGUUGAUGGAUGUGUUGAAACCUAUUGAUAUUGUU